AUGUUCAAGGGGAAUCUUAUGUUUUUGACUCUAAUGAGUCAGAAAGUCUUCAUCAAUACUGAACCUGUUGUUCAAGGCAAGACUAUAACAAUAAAUAACGUUGAAGAUUACACUAAUGCUGAUAAAAUUUAUCAAAUCAUGAUUGAAAAGAAUGCAAAUUCUAUUAUUAUUGAUAUAAAUGGCGGGAAUGAUUCUACCAAUGGAACAUUAAAAUCACAAAGAUACUAUUUCUUAGCAGAAAAAAUCGAAAUAAAAGGCAAUCAUUUCAAGAAGAUUGGAUAUAGAUGCUUUGCAAAUACAAAUAUGUUACUUACAGAAGUUGUCGUUUCCAAUUCUGUUACAGAAAUUGAGGAAAGCGCUUUUAAAAAUUCUCGGAUAGAAAAGUUUCAAUCAGAUAGUAUUACUAAUGCUGAAGAAAGCGCAUUUGAGAAUUGCUUUUAUAUAAAGUCAAUUUCAAUGAAUGGUUUGACUAAGAUUCCAUAUAGCUUUGCUUACAAUUGCUUCCAGCUGGAAAGUGUAAUAAUGAGAAGUGCAACUGAAAUAGAAUCAUAUGCGUUUUAUGAAUGUUUAUCAUUAUCACAAUUUGAAUUCGGAAAAGUUAUUUCAUUCGGUGUUUCAUGCUUCCAAAGAACAUCACUGAGAAAAAUAACGAUUCCAAGAGAAUGCACUAUGAUCAAGGCUUCAGCAUUUCAAUUUUCAUUACUUGAAUCAAUUAAUUUUGAAGUAGUAGAUAGUAACAUUACAUUAAGUCCAAAUGCAUUUUCCAAUACACAAUUGAAAAGUGUUGAAAUUCCAGAAAAAGCUAUUAUUCAAAAUAUAUUCCAAGAAUGUUUUCUAUUGAAAAAUAUUAAACUUCCUAGCUCAAUUACAAAUAUCCCAACUUAUUUUGCAGCCAAUUGCUAUAGUCUGGAGACAGUUACUGCUCCAGGAGUUACAACAAUAGAAAAACAAGCCUUUUAUUUUUGCAAAAAUCUGAAAUCAGUAACUUUUGGAACUGUUACAUAUUUUGGAAUAAAUUCAUUUGCGUAUUGUAAAGAAUUAGAAUAUGAAAUUACUUCUACAACUAAAGAUUCAGAAACACCAAUGACAAUUGAAGAAAAGGCAUUUUUCUAUUGCAAAAAAGUUAAAGCAUCGAGUAUUUAUUGUCAGAGAUUAGAUCAUUAUUGUUUUGCAGGAUGCCAAGGUAUUACAAGUUUAUCUAUUUAUACACAAGGAAUUGGAACUUCUGCUUUUCAUUAUUGUUCCAACCUGAAAAACAUAAAGAUUUAUCCUAUUACAGAUAAUAUUAUUAUUGAAGAUAAUAAUAGCUCAAUUGCUAAUUCAACUGAAGAUAUGGAUAAUCCAGGUAACGAAACUGAAGGAGAUAAUCCGAGUGAAAGCGAUGAGAAGCCAAUAUCUUAUUUUGUAAUAUAUCCAAAUGCGUUUUGUAAUUGCACGAAUUUGGAAGAUAUUCAAUUCAUAAGACUAGAUGAUUUACCAAUUGAACACAAAAUAUUUGAAUAUGCAUUUGCAUAUACAGGAGAAAUCAAAGAGCUUGAUUUAUCAUUAUUUAUGCAGGUAUCUCAUCACGCAUUUCAAUCUUCGAAGAUCAAAAAAGUUAUCAUAGGUGAUGUUGAUGAGUUUUGCUUUGCAAAUUGCACAUAUUUAACAAAAAUUGUAGUACGUAAUUCAUCAACAAAAUUCGAUGCAAGAGCAUUCUCUGAUUGUGUAAAUGCAAAAUUUGAGUUUCCUCUUCUAAGAAGCAAUAUUUAUAUUGAAAAUGGUUUUAUCAUUAACGAUGAAAGAAUAAUUUUAUCUUUGUCAUCUUUUAUAAAAGAUGAGAAAAUUACAAUCCCAGCUCAAUAUUCAAAUAUUUCCCAAAAUGCUUUUCUUUUUGCUAAAAAUUUGAAAGAAAUUGUAAUAGAAAACAUUACAUUUUAUAUUACAGAUUCAUUAUCAAAUAUUCCAAGUUUGAAGAAAAUAUCAUUUCCAUCAAAAAUGCUUUUGAAUUCCAUAGAUUAUGGAUCUUUCCAAAACGAUUGCUUGUUAGAAGAAAUCGAAAUUCCUUCAAGUAUAAUAUCGAUAGAAGAUCAAGUGUUCUACAAUUGUACUUCCCUUAAGAAGAUAUCAAUACCAAAUAAAGUUAACUUUAUUGGCAAAUAUGCAUUUUAUAAUUGCAUAAGCCUGAAAUCAAUUGUUUUACCUCCUAGCGUCAAAUUUAUUGGAUCUAAUGCCUUUGAAAGAUGCAUUUCAUUGAAAGAAAUCGAUUUAUCAAUGAUAAGCGAGCUAUCAAAAUCAAUUUUAAGUCAAUGCACAAAUCUUUAUUCGAUCAAAUUAUCAACAAGUCUAAUAUCAAUAAAUGGAUACGCUUUCCAAGAAACAAGUAUAAAAUCUUUUAAUAUCCCUGAUUCAGUUAGAUCGAUUGGAGAAAAUAUUUUCUAUAACUGCUCAUACCUUAAAGCGGUAACAAUUGGAAAGGGAAUAACAACUCUAAACAACUUGUUCAAACUGUCCUCGAUUAAGGAAUUUCAUAUUCCAUCACACAUAACUCAGAUAAAUGGAAAGUGUUUUGAAGCAGUUCCAAAUAUACGUGUGACAAUUGAUAAAGAUCAUCCAGUGUUUUAUAUCAAAGAAAACUUCAUUAUCAGAAAAGUUGACAAUGCAAUAAUAUGCACAUUCGGCGAAUUGCCAAAAACAAUUAAAAUCCCAGAUGAAAUAGAACAGAUUAAUUCGAUCACAUUAAAUCGUAACUGGGAAAAAACAAAUGAUGGCUUUGGAGGUGAGUUUUAUGAGGACUAUAGUAAACUUCCAAAUACUGUGAUUCUUCCUGAAUCAUUUAUGAAUGGUAUUCCAAAUGAAAUACUUGGAAUUAAACUAGUUUGUUAUAAAGGAGCAUAUCUUCUCGGACAAGAUGAUGGUGAAAUAUCAUCAAGUACUGAGAUUUGGACAGAGUAUGAUGCAACUGACAAAUAUACAUCAAAUAAAAUUUUUGAUAAGGAAAUUUUAGGACAGAAUUGUAAUUCAAAGAAUAUUAUUUUAAAUUCAAAAUGGAGGCAUAUAAAUGGCCUAUCAACAUUAGAAAUAGCAUUAAUUGUGAUCUCAGUACUUCUUUUCAUCGUACUAAUUGGAUUAAUCAUUAUGUUUUUUGGUUCAUUAAGAAAGAAUAAGAGAAAUGACAGCGAUUCAGGAUUUAACCAAAAUCAAAUCUGA